AUGGCGGCCCUCAUCUCGGUGUGCGACUUCAUGCAGCAGGUGCAGGAGGACCUCAGUUCGCCCACCACCUCCACCUUCACCAGUCACAUGGGCCACUGCAAGGCCACUGCUAGCAGCCUGGAGGAGGCCUUGGAUGCAGACCGAGCUGUGCUGCAGAAGAUGAGGAAAGCAGCCAAGGCGGAACACAGCUGUGGACAAGAUCUCAUCAACCACCUGGAAGCCCACAUUGCUGCCCAGGAGAAGUUCUCGGCCAACUACCAGCUGGAGGGUGAGGAGCAGCUGGCCAAUGCCUUCAGCACCUUCGCAGCCUUCUCCCAGGAGCUGCUGACCGCUGUCAGGAGCCUGUUGCAGAGUUUGUACCACAACAUUAACUUUUCCCUGGAGUCGUUAAUAAAGGGCGACAUGAAAGAGCUCAAAGGGGAGUUCAAGAAGCCCUUUGAGAAGGCCUGCAAAGACUAUGAGAGCAAACUCGCGAGGAUUGAGAAAGAGAAGCGUGAGCUGGCAAAGCAGCAUGGCAUGGUGCGGAGUGAGGUGAGCAGCGGGGAGAUUGCUGAGGAGAUGGAGAAGGAGCGCAGGACCUUCCAGUUAAACAUGUGUGAGUAUCUAAUCAAAGUGAAUGAGAUCAAAACCAAGAAAGGGAUCGACUUGCUGCAAAACCACAUCAAGCACUGCAGCUCACAGUUCAAUUUUUUCCAGGAAUGUUUAACUGCAACAGCAAAACUGAAGAAUUUUACAGAGAAGCUCAUCCCAGAGCUGCAGAGUCUGAAGACCAGGCAGGACGAGGAGAAGAAGCAGCUGUGUGCCCUUCGGGAUCAGCUGAAGGCAGCGUUACAGCUGGAGCAGAAGGAGGACACUGGGAGCAAGCAAGCAGUGUACAACAUGCACCAGCUGCAAGGGAACAAGCAGUACGGCACGGAGAAGACAGGGACCCUCUUUAAGAAAAGCGAUGGGCUGAGAAAAGUCUGGCAGAAGAGGAAAUGCACCAUCAGGAAUGGCUACCUGACCAUCUCUCACAGCAUGCCCAACCGCCCGCCAGCCAAGUUGAACCUACUGACCUGCCAGGUGAAGCCGAAUGUGGAUGACAGGAAAUGCUUUGAUCUGGUUUCACACAACCGCACGUAUCGCUUCCUGGCGGAGGAUGAGCAGGACUGUGUCGCCUGGGUGUCUGUCCUCAGCAACAGCAAGGAGGAGGCGCUGAACGUGGCCUUCAGCAAGGUGCAGGGCGGAGGGGAGAGCAGCAGGGAGGAGCUGACCCGGGCCAUCAUCAAGGAGGUCAGAGGCAUGCCUGGGAACAGGGAGUGCUGUGACUGCUCAGCACCGGAUCCCACCUGGCUCUCCAUUAACUUGGGCAUCCUGAUCUGCAUUGAGUGCUCUGGGAUUCACAGAGAGAUGGGUGUGCAUGUCUCCCGCAUCCAGUCACUGUCUCUGGACAAGCUGGCAACCUCUGAAUUGCUGCUGGCAAGGAACAUCAGCAACGCUGGCUUCAAUGACAUCAUGGAAGCGAAUCUUUCCAGCUUCUCCGCCAAGCCUGUGGUGCACAGUGACAUGGUCUUUCGGAAAAAUUUCAUCAUUUCCAAGUAUGUUGAGAAGAAAUAUGCCAAGAGGAGCCCUGCUGCUCAGUGCCCAAGCCUCCCAGAAGCCGUCAAGAAUAAGGACAUAUUUUCUUUACUCCAAGCUUAUGCAGAGAACACGGAUUUGAGCGAGCCUGUGCAGGCACCUCUGCAGGAACCUGGGGAGACCAUUCUCCACCUGGCAGUGCUGUUGUCUGACCAAACCUCAUUGCAUAUCGUCGAUUUUCUUGUCCAGAACAGCGGGAGCCUAGAAAAGCAGACUGUGGUGGGGAACACGCCACUUCACUACUGCUGCACUCACAACAAACCUGAGUGUCUCAAACUGCUGCUGAAGGCCAAAGCCAGUAUUGCCAUCGCUAACAAAGCAGGAGAGACAGCCCUGGACGUUGCCCGGAGGACAAGACAUCCCCAGUGUGAAUUGCUGCUGUUGCAGGCCCAGAACAACCAGUUCAACCCGCGCGUCGAUGUAGAGUAUGAGUGGUGGCUGGGCCAAGACGACGUGUAUGAGAGCGAUGAAGACCUGGAUGAGAAGCUGGGUCUUGUGAAGAGGGGGUCUGCCCAUCCCCAGAGCUGCUGCCACCCCCCUGCCACUGCCUCCAGGCCGGAAGCAGCAGGGACAGUGCCCCAGGGGAGGUGGCUGGACAUCUACGCCCUGCCAGACACCCACCUCCACAGCCUGGACAUACCACCAGCACUCUCCUACCUGCCUUCCUUCCCACCUCAGCGGGCAAAGUCAGCUCCUGAGGGAUCAUGUCCUCAUCUUCUUACCAGCUCAUCCAACUUUGCUGAGGACACACGAACCAGGAGGAGCCCCCCGCUGUCUCUCAGCAUCAAGCACAAGCGUACAUCCUCAGAGCCAGCUCCUUGGGUCCCACUUAGCCCUGAGAAACCAAGUCUUGCCAUCCUGGCUUCGGGUGCCCUGAAGGCCAUGGAUUGCCUCUACACGCCUGUUCCCAGCAAAGCUGAACAGCCUGGCCCACACCGAUCCCUCCAAGAGUCAGAGCCAUGUUGUGGACAUCCCCCACAUGUCCCACCUCCUCUUCCUCGGAGGAGCAGUUUGAACAAGCUGCUGCUCCGCAGGGUCCGCGCUCUUUAUGACUGCAAUGCUGACCGGGAAGAUGAGCUGACCUUCCGCACAGGCGAGAUCAUUGUGGUGUCUGAAAAGGAGGACAGCAACUGGUGGAAAGGCUGGAUUGAAGGACAGCCUCACAGGCGAGGUGUCUUCCCUGCUUCCUUUGUUCAUGUGCUCAACGAAUAG